AUGGCUUGUGUUGCUCUGACUUCUGUGAUUGCAACAAUGAAGUUGGAAUUUCUGCAACCCAAUAAUCUAAGGGUUUGUCUUGAUGAUGAAGCAUUCAUAUCAGUGGAAUCUUUAUUUGAAAAGCUUCUAUUUCUACAAGUUUUACUGCUGGAGAAAUCCGGGGAUUGUGGCGCUGCAAUUCAAGAUUUGGAAAUCAAGAUCAGAGACUUCGCACUCGAUGCUGAAGACCGCAUCGAAACACAACUCAGCAACUUCCUUUUGUCCAAUCAAGAAACAGCUGCAAAGCAACUCCAUCAAACCUUGCGAGAAGCAGCAGAAAAUGCAGCUCAUUUGCUCAUCAAAAUCAGCAAUGAAUCUGAUGAGGCCAAUGAAUGUCAAUCAACAACAGUUCCUUGGUUGUUGGAUACAUCCUUGCGGCUGCAGCCUCCAAAGCUGGAGGGCAGAAUGGUGGGUCGUCGCAAUGAUUACUUACUGGUGAAGAACCAACUCCUCUAUAGCGAUCAACGACGAGUAAUCCUAAUUGUCGGGAUGAAUGGUAUUGGAAAGACAACUUUAGCUGCAAGCGUCUACGAAGAUUCAUCAGUUGCAUCGCACUUUGAUGUUCGAGCUUGGAUUACUAUGUCUGGGGAGUACAACGUGAAGCAAACGCUACACGACCUUCUUUUGACACUAGCAGAGCCAGAUCAUGAAACUAGAAAGAGAACAACUCUUGAUGAUGAUGAUCUACUAGCUAAGCAGGUAUCCAAAUGCUUGAAAGGUAAGAGAUAUCUUAUUGUUUUGGAUAACCUAUGGAACAAUCGAAUUUGGGAUGAUAUCCAAGAAUAUUUUCCUAAUGAUAGUAAUGGAAGUCGUAUAGUGCUGACCACUACGCAUUUUGAUCAGGGUUCCUACACUUCACUUGAUUGUAUCCAUAACAUGACUUUGCUAGAUUCAAAGGAAAGUUGGGAUUUAUUUUGCAGUAAUCCUUUUCUUGAAAAACAUAUGGCACCUAAAUUUGAAAAAAUUAGGAGCUAUGUUUUGUUAAAAUGUGAAGGAUUACCGUUAUCAAUUGUUACAGUGGCACAACGUUUGUCUGAAUGCAACAACAUACAACAGGAAUGGGAGAAGGUUGAAAAGGAAUUAGAGUUGUUAGGAUUUCUAGAUAGCUCUGCUCUCACCCUUAGGUACAAUCAAUUGCCACAAUAUUUGAAAGUUUGCUUUCUCUAUCUUGGAGUAUUCCCGAAGCGUACUGUAAUCCGAAUCAAACAGCUUGUUAGGUUAUGGAAAGCUGAGGGAGUUUUGAAUCCAUUUGGAAAUGAAGAUCUAGAAAGCCAAGCUUAUGAGUACUUACGAGAGCUUAUUGAUAGAAGUCUUGUCUUAAUUGAAAAUUGGAGUUCUGAUGGAAAAAUUAAGAGUUGUAAGAUGCAUAGUGCUUUGCAUAGCUUUUGUGUAAGAGAAGCUCAGAAGAAUAGCAUUUUUUGUGCGGUAAAUACUCACCAAUUUCCACAAGGGUCAUUUAACAUGUUUGCAAAUUCAUGUCGCUGGUUAAGUUUAUACAAACAUAGUUUUGACUAUUAUGUGUUGUUUAGAACAAACACCCCUCGCUCUAUUUUCUUCUUUCGAAAAGAUGAUGAAAUAUUUGUACCUUUCAAGUUGUUAAGAGUUUUGGCGUAUGCUCCAUCUUCAUUUUUCCAAAGAGUGCCAACACAAUUACAUGACUUAAUUUUUUUGAGAUUCCUAUCUGUAAAGGGAUGGUUUAAGGGUCUAGAUUAUAUUGUGUCAGCUAAUAGAAACUUGCAGACACUUGUUGUUUCCAAUAGUAAUGAAUCCAAACCAAGAGGACCUACUCUCCAUUUGCCUUCUACAGUUUGGGAGUCACCACAGUUACAACAUCUGGAACUUGGCAAUUCAUAUGUGAUUGAUCCUCCAAACAUGGUUAAAGAUAAUAUGCAAACAUUAUCUUGGGUGUGUCCAACUCAUUGUAGAACAGAAGUGUAUCGCAAGUUUCCAAACAUCAAAAAGUUGAAAAUUUUUGGAUUUGGCGGCAGGCCUAUUAUUUUGGAUGAUUUAAACUAUUUGGUUCGGCUUGAGAGGUUAACAAUUUCAAUUUCAUUUGGUUGCGUUGUUACCCUUCCAAAAUCAUUAUCUAUGUUUCCUUCACAAUUGAAGAAGUUGAGGUUGAAUGGUACAAGCCUCUCUGAGAGGGAUUUAAUGGUAAUUGGCAUGUUACCCCAACUUGAGGUGUUGAAGUUGGAAAAUGCUUUACAUGGGGAGGUAUGGAAAGUAGCUAAAGGAGGAUUCUAUCGAUUAAAAUUUUUGCUUCUUAAAGAUAAAACACUCAAGCUAUGGAUGGCUCAUGAAUAUUCAUUCCUAUGUCUUAAGCGCUUAGUUUUAAGAUUUUGUUAUUCUUUGAAAACAAUCCCUAUGAUAAGGAAUUUGAGGUCGAUUGAGUUGGAGCAGUGUUGUCCUUCUGUUGUUGCUUUUGCUUCCCGUUUUGCAGAGUAUAGUCAGGAAUUUAGACAUGACUUUGAAAAUGAAAUUUUUGAGAUCAUAAUCAAGUGAUAUAGAAAUGAAGAGGAAAUAAGAGAAGACGACAAUGCUUGAUGUGUACUGUACUACUGCAGACGAAAAGUAAUAAAUGAUUCUAUUGCAAUUUUGGAAAUAAUUUGUUUGUAUUGUAAAUCACAUAUCAUAUGUGACAUAUGAGAGUCUUCUGGUUGUUUAAUUAGCAAAUUGUUUACCAAUUGUCUCUAGUUGUUGAGUUGGCCAAUGAUACUUUUAAAUUGUGAUUAUAUGUUAUCUUGCACUUCUUGUGUGUGAACAUAUUUUAAAUAAUAUUUGUGUAGUUCAGUGAUGCAAGUGGGAGCCAAGAAUAAUGUGUAAU